CUUUAGUAUUCCCGCAUCCGUUCGAGCGCGCAUACUAGUGUAAAAAUCGGCCCCCGGAAUAUUUUGGAAUCCGGAGAAGCGACUGUGUUUUUGAUCUCCACGUCUGGUCUGAUAGAUUGCUAAUUUAGGGUUUACAGAGUAGACUCCAGAGAUAGGUUGGAGACAGUAUUUUUCUGAUUGUUAAUGGACUGCUACGGUCAGUUUAAGGUAAGUCCUCUCGUUGACGCACUGCCGGUGGCGACGAGGGGCAGAAGCGCCUCUCUUUUUGCUCGCACGAGCUGCUCCCAAAAGCUCGGUCUUCCACCUCCUUUAUAUUCCCAGGGAAUAUUUAGAUUCUGUCGAAGAAACAACUUUUCCAAUCAUAGAUUACCAUCACUGGCUACACUGGCAAGGGUUGAGUCUAAUGAGUCCGACUAUAGAAGUUUGGGCACUCCUCUUGAACUAUGCACACCCGAGGGUAAAUUCUUGUGUGAUAUAUUGAAGAAUCAGCCCCAUAUUUUUCAAGCUGCUGCACAAAAACAGCUGGAGGAAUUGGCUUUUGAGAGAGAGAGUGCAUUUGCUCGAUGGGAAAUUAGUCAAGGUUCCUCUGAGUCCAGUCUUCAUGGGAGGAUUGCAGAAAUGAAAGAAAUUAAGUGCCAGCAUGCAGCUGAGGAGGUCAUGUACAUGCUAAUUGUGCACAGCUUCUCAAAAAUCAACGUCCCCAUGGUCCCCAACUUAUCUAAAUGCAUGACUAACGGUAAGCUUGACAUAUGGUCAUCAAAGGACCAAGAACUGGGAUCAAUACAUGGAAUGGAGCUUUUGGAAAUGGUGAGAGAACACCUCUCAAACAUUCUCAGAUUGCAGGGAAAAUGUGAUUCCACAGGCAACUGGACUACAAUUAAGAUUGAGAGGCUACAGCUUGGCCGGCUUUAUGCUGCUUCCAUAAUGUAUGGGUACUUCCUGAAAUCCGUCAGCCUGAGAUACUCUCUGGAACUCGGUCUUUCUUCAAACAAUGAAGACCUUCUUUGGGAUCAAAUGAUCCAUACAUCACGGCCUCAUUGGCCAAAGCUGGGGCAGAAGAAUGUUGUGACUCUAGGUUGCUCUGUUAACAAAGCUGCUUCCUUGUAUGCUGCUGCACAGAGGGGUAAUGCUGAUAAGCUCAGAGGCUACAUGAUGGGAUUCAAUUCAGCCACAUUAAAACUAUGCUCGAAAUUGAGAUCUUUUGAGGCUGCUAAUCUAAUUGAGAACCAUAGCUGGGCUCUGUUUGGAAAUCCAGACACAAGUUCCCUUGACAAGGAUGAGGUGGUUGUUAUUUUGGUUUCAGGGUUGAAGAGAUUGAUACUUGAAGCAGUGGCUUUUGGAACUUUCUUGUGGGAUGUGGAAUGGUAUGUGGACUCCAAGUACAGAUUAAAAGACAACUAAUGACUAAUGCAAGCUAGAGUUUUGUAAAUGUAUGAGAUUCAAUAAAUGUUAGGGGCCGUUUGAUAUUUCGUUGGCCGCAUCUCUUUUGAGAGUAGAUCGCAUGUACAUGUAACUUUUGGAAACAGUUUAGUUGAAUUAUUCGACACAUUUUUGAUGAUAUAUAUUUUUUAAAUAUUGGGAUUAUUAA